ACUGACCAGUCCUAAAGAAUGCUCUCUACCACGAUGGACGUGGGAACAUUGCUUAGCCGCUCGUUACUGCUGACUUUACUCGUAUUCACGGUGACCCAGGAGGCACGAGGAUUGCUGUGUUAUUGUGAGCGAUGUGUAAAUCGGACAUGCAACACAACUGGCCUGUGUUUUGCGGUCAUUACAAAGUCUGCCGGACAGAUCGUGACUCAGGAGAGUCAGUGCAUUCAGCAGGAUGAACUUUACCCACCGGACAGGCCUUUCCAGUGUGCCCCCUCCAACAAUGGAAAGCAUCCGUACUGCUGCAACACACACAUGUGCAACAGGAACCCAAAAGUCAGCCCAGAGUUGCCUGACACUGAACCCCAGUCUCUGAGUCCCGUAGCUUUGGCCGCAGUGAUUGCUGUCCCCAUCUGCGUGCUGAGCUUCGUGCUGGUGCUGAUCUUCUACAUGUGCCAUAAUCGCUCCAUCAUCCACCAACGUGUGCCAAGUGAGGAAGACCCCACUAUGGACCACCCGUUCCUUGCUGACGGCACCAAGCUGAAGGAUCUUAUCUAUGACAUGACCACUUCUGGAUCUGGCUCAGGCUUGCCACUGCUAGUGCAGAGGACUAUUGCCAGGACUAUCAUCCUCCAGGAGAGCAUAGGGAAGGGUCGUUUUGGAGAGGUGUGGAGGGGCCGCUGGCGUGGCGAGGAGGUGGCAGUAAAGAUCUUCUCCUCCAGAGAGGAGCGUUCUUGGUUCCGUGAGGCAGAGAUCUACCAGACUGUCAUGCUUCGUCAUGAGAACAUCCUGGGCUUUAUUGCUGCAGACAACAAAGAUAACGGCACAUGGACUCAACUGUGGUUGGUUUCUGAUUACCAUGAGCACGGCUCGCUCUUUGACUACCUGAACAGGUACACGGUCACAGUGGAGGGCAUGAUCAAGCUGUCUCUCUCCACCGCCAGUGGUCUGGCUCAUCUGCAUAUGGAGAUUGUGGGCACUCAGGGUAAGCCUGCAAUUGCCCAUCGUGAUCUGAAAUCCAAAAACAUCUUAGUGAAGAAGAAUGGUACCUGCUGCAUCGCUGACCUUGGAUUGGCCGUGCGGCAUGACUCAGCCACAGACACCAUUGAUAUUGCACCCAACCACAGAGUGGGCACUAAAAGGUAUAUGGCCCCUGAGGUGCUGGAUGACUCUAUUAACAUGAGGCACUUUGAGUCUUUUAAAAGGGCAGACAUCUAUGCCUUGGGUCUGGUGUUCUGGGAAAUUGCUCGCAGGUGUUCUAUUGGAGGUACUGUGAUAAAAAUGAUGAUGACAAUGACUGAUUUAUGUCCUUCAGUGUCUUAUUUGUUUGUCUUCCUGCUUGUUGAGUUGCAUAAUGAUGCCAUUGAUAUGAGUGCAUUGUUAUAUCUGUGUAUAUUGCAACAGUGCAACUUAGGGAUGCACGAUAUAUCGGCCACCAUAUCAGUAUUGGCUGAUAAAUGUUCAUUUUUACUGUUAUCGCUAUCGACCCGAUAAGAAAAUUCGGCCAAUAUGUUAAAGCCGAUAAAUAAUGCACUAUUUCCUUCAGAGGCACUGCAGAUGCGCACUGUUCACCAUGAUGGUUUUGAAUUGCUUGAAAUAUGAUUAGAAUCACUUUGAAAAGGAAAUUACAGUUAAGUGCAACAUGUGCAGGGCAAGUCAGUCAUAUAGGCUACAUAAAAUAAUAAUGAGAACAUGCACUGUAAAAUAAUCUUGUUUAAGUGCGUUGUUACGGGAAGAGCGCAUUCACAAUGGAGCUACAGCGUCAUGGCUACCACAGUUAAGUUUGCUUGUGCAUUUACAG